CAGAGGUGGGGGAAUAGCAGCAGUGCCUGUUGUCAAGCCCAUCGAAUUUCGUGGGCAGAUAUUUCACGGUGAAUUUAUUGCAAAAAUGGUAUCUCUGUUCUUCUCGCAGCCAAUGACUCCAGUUAUGACGGGCCUGGAGGAGCAGGAGAAACUCCUGGAGGACGCCAUUGGAGUUGUCAAGGUCCAGGCGUUCCAGAUGAAACACUGCUUGGAUAAUGCCAAGCUCAUGGACGCCCUCAAGCAUGCGUCUACGAUGUUGGGGGAGCUGAGGACGUCGCUGUUGAGCCCCAAGAGCUACUACGAAUUGUACAUGGCAAUCACCGAUGAACUUCGCCAUUUAGAACUUUAUUUACUGGAUCAGUAUCAAAAGGGGAAGAAAGUCACUGAUCUUUACGAAUUGGUUCAGUACGCGGGGAAUAUCGUACCUCGUCUGUAUUUACUAAUAACCGUGGGAUUAGUCUACAUUAAAACCAAUCCCUGCCUGAAGAGAGAUUUGCUCCGCGACCUGGUGGAGAUGUGUCGAGGUGUGCAGCACCCCCUGCGCGGUCUCUUCCUCCGGAAUUACCUCCUCCAAUGCACGAGAAAUAUCCUGCCAGACGCCCCCGAGGGUGACGACGAGGAGGGAACUGUUCGCGACAGCAUCGACUUCGUCCUCAUGAACUUUGCUGAGAUGAAUAAACUGUGGGUGAGGAUGCAGCACCAGGGCCACAGCAGAGACAGAGAGCGAAGGGAGAGGGAAAGAGAGGAAUUGAAGAUCCUAGUUGGGACUAAUCUGGUGAGACUGAGCCAGCUGGAGUCGGUGACUCUGGAGAUUUACAAGAGGCUUGUGCUCCCUGGGAUUCUGGAGCAAGUCGUCAGCUGCAGGGAUGCCAUAGCUCAGGAGUACCUCAUGGAGUGCAUUAUCCAAGUAUUCCCCGAUGAAUUCCAUCUGCAGACGUUGAAUGCAUUUUUGAAGUCCUGUGCUGAGCUGCAUAAUGGGGUCAACGUCAAGAAUAUUAUAAUUUCAUUGAUCGAUCGAUUGGCGACUUUCAGCCAGCGAUCUGAUGGGGUUGGAGGCCCUGGCAGCCCCAGCCAGGUACCGGGAAUACCUCAGGAUGUCAAGUUGUUCGAUGUCUUCAGUGAUCAAGUUGCUACGAUUAUUCAGACGCGUCAGGACAUGCCACCUGAGGACAUAGUAUCCCUCCAAGUGGCGCUGAUAAACCUAGCCCACAAGUGCUACCCUGAUCGUGUGGAUUACGUCGAUAAAGUAUUAUUUACAACAGUUCAGAUAUUCCAGAAGUUGAAUGUCGAGAAAUUGGAAUACAACAGCGCAGUAUCGAGAGAGCUCUCUCGCCUGAUGAAAAUCCCAGUGGACAACUACAAAAACAUCCUGACGGUCCUAAAACUCGAGAACUACGCUCCCCUCCUCGAUUACUUCGACUACGAAGGGAGAAAGCUUCUCGCAGUCUACAUAAUAACGAACAUCCUUGACAACGAGACCCUGAUCCCGACGCAAGAGCUAGUGGACGCAGUGCUAUCAGUGGUGUCGCCCCUCGUCCAGGACCAGCCAGACCAGCCGAGCAUCGAGGAAGACCCCGAGGACUUUGCUGAGGAGCAAGGCCUCCUGGGGCGUCUGAUCCACCACUUCAAAUCCGACACAGCUGACCAGCAAUACAUGAUCUUGAGUGCAGCGAGAAAGCACUUCUCAGCAGGUGGCAACAAAAGGAUAAAGUACACUCUUCCUGCCAUUGUCUUCCAGGCUUAUCAGCUGGCUUUCACUUACAAAGCUCUGAAGGACCAGGAUGAGAUGUGGCAGAAGAAGUGCCAGAAGAUAUUUCAGUUCUGUCAUGCGACGAUAACAGCCCUGAUGAAGGCAGAGCUCGCUGAAUUGCCCCUGAGGCUGUUCCUCCAGGGGGCACUUGCCAUCGGGGAAAUUCGAUUCGAUAAUUUUGAGAUGGUGGCUUACGAGUUCAUGAGCCAGGCAUUCUCCAUUUAUGAGGAUGAGAUCAGCGACUCCAAGGCUCAACUGGCAGCAAUCACUCUGAUUAUUGCGACGUUCGAGCAGAUGAGCUGCUUCAGCGAGGAGAAUGCAGAGCCUGUGAGGAAUCAGUGUGCACUGUAUGCCAGUAAAUUACUGAGAAAGCCUGAUCAGUGCAGGGGAGUCGCCACCUGCUCCCACAUAUUCUGGUCGGGGAAGUCGUUGGCCACUGGGGGAAAAGAGAUGCAGGAUGGAAAUAAAGUUCUGGACUGCCUCAAGAAGGGAAUCAGAAUUGCCAGCCAGUGCAUGGAUACUUCUGUGCAGGUGCAACUUUACGUGGAACUACUGAAUCAUUAUAUUUAUUUUUACGAGAAGGAGAAUUCACCGGUUACUGUCCAGAUACUGAAUCAAGUUAUUGCCAAGAUCAAGGAGGAACUUCCGAAUUUGGGGGUGAGUGAGGAGACUGAACAGAUUCAGAAGCACCUGGCCAACACUCUGGAGCACCUGAAGAACAGAAUGAGGUAUUCUGAUUCGCAGGGGCAACCCUAUCAUGGGCUUGUACUGUAAUUUUGUGGAGAGUGCAGAUUUUCGUAAUUUGUAUUUGUAAUUUUGUAAAUAUUGGGGGUACGUUUCGACUCAGUUUUUCCACUGAUUUGUAAAUUUGAUUGAAUUUAUCGUGAAUUUGUAGAAUUAACGUGAGGAACAGAUACUGUCCAUGGGCAUACAUAAUUUACAGUGAUUGAGAGGGGAACGAAAUUGAUUAAUCAUGUGAAUGUGCAAUUUUUAUCAUGAAGAGGUGAUUUUGACGGUUUUUAGGUCAAUUGUCACAAGCGUUUGACGAGCAUCGAUUUGAAAUUUUUUUCUAUAAGUUAUUAUGAAGUAAAAAUGAAGGAAUGUAUUAUCUGUA